GUUUAUCAAAAAUGUGAAAGUCAAUGGUACCUUCUUUUGUUGUUUAGGUCGCUUCCAGUUCCUGCGGGUUUAAGCAGCUUUUCUCUAUUCAGUAUUUACUCACGGCAGCAGCGCAUAGGCUCGCUCGCAUCCUGUUUUUGCUUUCCACGCAAAACCAUCCGCACAAAACCAUUCUGAUUUCCGAUGAAGAACUCCGGCAACCACGCCCUCGUCGCCGUCCCCAGAUCCCCUGCCAAGUCUUCUUCAAUGGAUCACAAGAUUUGGAGCAGGUUGCCGCCCGAACUCCUCGAGCACGUCCUCUCUUUCCUCCCUCUCAAGACCUUCUUGAAUCUCAGAUCCACUUGCAAGGCCUUUAGGUCUCUCAUUUUCUCUCCCUCCUUCAUCGCCAAACACUCUUCAUCAUCAUCAUCUUCUUCUUCGACUUCUCCGCCUUUCUCGUCGUUUUUCUUGUUGUCUCAUCCCCAAUUUCACUGUCAAUUUCCUCUCUACGACUGUUUGCUUGGCAAUUGGCGUGACGUCUCUCUCUCUUUCUCCGAUUUAUUUCACAUCUCCGCGCACUCUGCUCUAAUCUCUUCCUCUGGUGGCCUUUUUUGUUUGUCUGACUUCAGUUCAUCUUCCCUGCUUGUUUGCAACCUCCUGGCCAAAUCCUGCAGAAAGAUCGAUCUUCCAACAACCUACUAUCGCCUGGAGCAUCUUACUCUUGUCUCUACUGCGAUCGGUUACAAGAUAUUCGUUCUCUCUUCUGAGUCAGCCUCGAACAGUGCCUUCGUCUACGACUCAGUUGCACUUUGUUGGGAACGAUUUGAUUGUUCUGACUUGAUUCUCAGCGACAACUACCACCAGCAAGGUGUUUUGUACAGUGGGGGUUUAUACUUUACGACUCCAGAACCAUUUUCAGUGGUUCGCUUUGAUUUUGGGAGCGGAAAAUGGCUGAGGCCCAAUACCUCUCUGCCCAGCCACGUCUCGUUUGUUCGAUUGGUCAGUGACGGAGAGAAGUUAUAUCUGGUGGGGGGUAUAGGAAGCAAUGGAAUCUCAAGGAGCAUAAAGAUAUGGGAAAUGGGUGAAAUGGGGAAUUGGGCGGAAGUGGAGACGUUGCCAGAGUUGAUUUGCAGAAAAUUUGUGUCGGUUUGUUAUCAUAAUUACGAGCACAUUUACUGCUUUUGGCAUCAAGGUAUGAUCUGCAUUUGCUGCUAUACAUGGCCAGAGAUCUUGUAUUUCAAAGCUUCAAGGAGGACUUGGCAUUGGCUUUCCAGGUGCCCCUCUUUGCCCGAGAAAUGGAGCUGUGGUUUUAAGUGGUUCUCUUUUGUUCCCAAGCUGUAUGCGCUUGUCUGACUCAGUUUCUCUUCAUCUUGACUUUGCGUAUCUUUCACUGAUCGUGUAAUUCUUUUCACAUGUUAGCAUGUUGUGUGCUUUCCUGAAAUCUGCUAAAUUUUGGAAUCCAGUUUUGUUCGUGUGCCUUGUGUAGGGAUAGAUGAUCCUGCCUGUCGAGAGUGUAUUUAAGUAGGAUUGUUUUUGUAUGAAUUCACUGUACAUUUUCACUUGAUGUGACAUAUUUCGAACUAAAUUUGGGUUGCCGUAUUUUUUUUUAAAUUUUAACAAUUUUAAUUCUAAAAA